AUGGAUACUUACACUUGUAUUGUCGUGAGCUUCUGCAUCGCCUUGUUUGCUAUCAAUCUAGUGUUUUCUUGUUUCACUUGCUUCUCCAUUCUUGAUAGCUUUGUGAGAGAGACAAACCAGGAUUUGAGUGGCCUCAGGAAGAAUCUUAUUGAACGAGAAGAAGGUAAACCAGAUGAUGAGAAGGUAAUAAUCAUUUCAGUCCCAAGUAACCAAGGAUUCUCUGAGUCCGUAGAUGGUGAUGAUUGUGGUGGACAAGAUUGCUCCCAGGAUAUUUGUACUUGUUGA